GGCCUGACUCGCAAGUGAUGAAGUGACCUAGCCAACGAUGGCCACCAUUUUAGAUAAAAAAUUUCGUUUGUUGGAUAAAUUAUUGGACACUACGAUAUUAUGUUAAUGUUUUAAAGUCAAAAAAAGUAAAAGAGAAACUAUUAAUUUAGUUUAUGUUAGUUAAUAGAACAAUUGGGCAAGAUGGUGUCGACGAGACAAAUGAGUAGUAUAGGAGGAGGUGGGAAUGGAAGUAGUGAUGGUGCCGGUCCAUCUCAUGCGGAACCUGUCACCGUGGCGCGCGUGACCCGUCAUUCGAGUGCUCAACUUCCAGGGGGUUCGUCUCCUCAUGGAAGUUCAAAAAACUCUGUAAUACCUACACCCAAGACCUUCAAUACAAACCUUAUGGAUCUACCAAUUGAAGUGAUGGAAAAGAUUUUUCGUUAUGUGGGAUUCAAAAAUGUAUCGCAUCUCAGACUGGUCAACAGGCAGUUUAACAAUAUGUGCAGUAGCAUUUUGAAUUCCACUUUUCAAAGAUUACAAAACCAAAUGCUCCAUCGGUUUCAAGCAAUCAAGGCAAAGAUGCCCCGUCGAGAGUCAGCCAGGAGGAGUCAUCCUCUUGCCUGUGAAUCUGAUAUCAUUGAAACAUUACAUAUGAGACUUAGUUUAUUGCAAAUGACUUUAGGAAAGCACAUUGAGAGGAAACAUUGCUGUUUCUUUCCCGGAGAGAUAUUAGAUGAAGUGUAUAGUAUUUUAUCAUAUUUAAAAACAACAACAAAGUUAGCAAGACCAUACAAAGUAACAGAUGAGUUGUUUGACCUGACUACAAUGGCCAUGGAAUAUUUCAAAGAGCAUAUUGAACCCAAUUUGCCAGAAAUUACAUACUUUGGCACAGAUUUCUUUGAUAUCACAACUGCCUUCUCGCCGGGUGAGAGCAGUAAAUCGUACCUAUGUCUCGAUUCACCACCAGCGAGUGGGUUCGAGUCUUCCUCGCAACAGGCAGGCGGGAAUUCUUCGGGCGAUCGCCGCGUGUCCUCUCUAAAUCUCUACAUGGAGGAAAGCCUGCCCCCAUCUCCUCCACCACCACAGAGCAACAUGGUGCUAAGGAAACGGAUACACCGCAUCAAGCAGGGAAUGAAAAAAUACAAUGAUCAGUUGUCAGCCUUGCGCAGUGAUUUACGUAGUUGUAAGCGGAAAACUGCGUUACAACAGAAGCAAAUCGCCGAACAACAGAAGCAGAUAGCGGAACAGCAGAAACAGACUCUGGAAUAUGCUAACCGGUUGGACGAUUAUGACAAGAAGAACGAAGAGACCAGCCGGAAAUUUCAGACUCUAUUGCAGGAGCUGAAUAAGUGCAAGACAGAAUUACAGUACUGGCGUUCCCGUUCUCCGGCCGUUCCGCCUCUUUGUGCUGAGUGCGGCGCAUCACUACGACUGUCGCCUGUUGCGGCGCUUGCGCAGUGGCCAUCGGGCUCUAGCUCUGAAGCCAGCGUGGAAGCGAGUGGCAGUAAGGAGCCUGUCACUAGCGUCAUCGAGACUCCCACAGAAAUUCCCCUAAAAACUGAACAGAAGUCGGAGGCUAGUAGUGGUGAAGAAACGGCCGCUAGCACACCGCCGACUCGUCGCAGGGCGUCAGCCGAUGCCGCAUCUGCAACACCGGACCGUAAGAAGCGUCGCCUUACUCGCCCAAGGAAACUUUGAAACGGCAAGGUCUAUUUCACGCGUUCGAUAUAUGAAUCUUUGAAAAAGCAAUUCCAUGUUUGAGCCUUUGAAUCGAGGGUAUGGAUUGUUUCACGCGGUUUUAGAUUCUCUAUACGCGUUUCAUUAUUGAACUAUAAGCAUGUUCCAUUGAGAACUCAAAUCUCUCACGCGUUCUAAAUUUAAAAUAUUAACUGAACAACUCCGUGUAUAAACUCUUGAAUAGAGUUAUGGUAUUUUACAUGGGUUGUUUGAUGCGCGUUUUGGAACUGAAUGUAUCACUUGUUCUAUAUUUGAAACUUUAUUCUAGGUUUGAACCUUCAAAUUUAAAACAAGGUCAUCAAAUAUCGUAACUUUAUGAACAUAAUAUAAUAUUUUACUCGUUUAAGACUGUUUAAAUUUGAAUUUGGAACAAGAUCCUUAUUGGAAACGCAACUUUUUAUUCUAGAAUUUAAAAAAAAAGGAUUGUUCUUUUUUUUUAAAUUUUUUAAAUUCUAAACAGUUAUAAUUACAUUUGGCUUGGAUUUUAAAUGUAUUCAUCUGUUACUCAGUACCAGAUGUGUGUAUUAUAAAUAACAUAUUUUUUAUACAAAUUAAAUCACCGUAAUUACACUUUUUUGAACUUAAUUGUUCCAAUUCCCUCUAGUUAUGUUUACUCUAUGAGGGAAAGAGACAGCAGUGUUUAGUUAUACCGUAAAUAGGUUCAUUCAGCUUCUAUAAGGAGAUAAUCUGUAUAAACAUAAAAUGAAGGCGAUAAAAUAGUUCGUCUAUAAAAUACCAGAUAUUUAACCAUUAAUACAUUUAAGUUAUAUACAAAAAAUACUUUUUGUAAUAAAAAAAUUAUUUUCAACAUAAGCAAACAUAUUCGGGUUUAUGCACUUAAAAACUUGCUUUAAUGAUUUACGGUUGAAAUUUGAGUUGUAUUGUGUCCAAUUUCAUUGCUUUCUAGUGCUUUCAAUUUCUCAACUUGUUUUAAGUUUUUCUUUGUCAAAUUGACAAAUAAUGCUUCAUAAUUUGUUAACUAAAAAAAAAUGCUAGAAUUAUCGUUUAUGGUACAAAUGCAUGUUGUUGUAUACUCUACACCAUAGAUUAUUAAAUAGCUAUUGAAUGUCCUUAACGCUCGUGUGACUUGGCAAAUGAGUGAAUUUUUUUACAGAUUGAGAUUUUACCCAACACAUGGCUUUUGGGACGUUAAUAAAAACUAUUGCUUCUAUAAUAAAUUAAUUUUAACAAUUUACAAGUUAUCUCGUACGGUUUUAGUUAUAUUAGUUAAUAUUAUAAUUCUUUAAUAUACACAAGUAGAGUGCAUUUAUUAUAUGACAUCGAAAUUGCUUAGGGUUAAUGUUGGAAAUAGAAGAAUUAUAUAAAGACCUAAACAUUCUAACUAACAACAAACAUUUUAUGAAUUCGACUUUAAGAAAUGCAGGAAAUAACACUUUAAUCUUACCCUCAGAGUCGGGAUGUAGCGUUACAUAUGACUCUCGUGUAUAAAUAUUUAUGUCUCGACUCUGAGGGUAGAUUCUAUGAAGCGUAAUCCGUGUCGUGUUAGCGGGAAUCUAUUUGGAUAUGCUUAAGUGAAGGCAUGCUUUAGACAAAUGUACUUGGCAAACGUGACCCCGCUAUCGCCAGUUUGGAUGAGCGUGGUCACGUGACCAUGCGGUAAUUAAACUUUUUAACAUGAUAUGGAUUCACACGCAAACUAUUGUACUAUUGCGUGUUAUUAUAUACAUAACAUUAUCAUCUAAAUCUUUUUAAAAUCGGACAUAAGGAAAAAUGUGACCGCGAAUUGACGCAAACUAUGAACUAUGUAAGGGAAUGUUAUUGUAAAUACAUCGUGUACAAACUUACAUAAUAAUUGUAUAUAUUGUGGCAUAGAGUUAUAAAAAUAUUUUAGUACGUGUUUUAAAAAUUGAGAAACGGCUUCACACAACAUAUCAAAUAAUUUCAGUUACCUUAGAAUAAUUGAGUAAAAUUCGAAACGCACAAUAUUAGCCCCUUAUCAGCGAUCAGUCUUAUUCUCUUUCGUCUCUUUCUGUCAAAUUGUGUUUACGCUGUCAUGAAAAGAGACUUUAAAACGGUGCAAUUGAUUAUUAAUAAGAGUUUUUGAAUUAUUUCGCUUUAGAGUUGAUUUUUAUCCUAGAGAUAGGUUAUCUUUAACUGCAUGUUAGAGUUUCGCAUAACUGCCUAAUAAAUUAUGCAUUUUAUAUAUAAAACUAAAUCAGUUGUAACUGGUUUAAGUAAAGAAGUGAUUUCACGUAUGGAAAGAUAAGUGUUUUACACUGUAAAAACUGAUUUAGUUUUUAUAUAUGUGUUUUAUCUAAUUUCAUCGGAUUUUAUUUUAUUAUAUUCGGUAGUCUUAGUACAAACACAAUGCGCUGAAAAAUUCGCAAAAUUGUUACAUAUAUUCCAUACAUUUGGUAUGGUUUAAUAACAAAUACUAUACGAGCGUAUGUUCGUAGUGUAUACUUCUAUAACGGUCAACAAAGCCAAGUAUUCUAUUUAAAAAAAUAUAUUUUACGUAUUUUUCGUGUAGUACUUUAUAUAUAGUAUAGGUCUUUUUUAAUAUUAAAAGAUCGUCGAUUUGAUUAGUUAUUUCACCCAUUAUUAAAAAAACUUCAAUGGUCGAAGCUGCAAACAGCGUGAAUAUUUUAGAAUUCAACUUUAUAGACACAACAAUAAUUUCUCGACAUUCAAGGGCAACGAAUUCAAUUUUAAGCCGUGGUAACGUUUAACGUUUAAGAAUUGUAGUAAAAGUCUUAUUGAUCCUAACUAUAAACAUUUAACUGUCGGUAAAUAGUUCAGAAAUACUACAUUUUAGUUGUAGACCUACUUUAAGUUUGUAAACUUAACUGUCAGCUAAUCUUAUACUAGGUUGGAAGAUGUUAUUGUCGCGGGUAGUUCAAAAAUUCCCAAUAUUGGCUUUGUAUAUAAGUUAAAAACGCUUGCAUAUUGUCUAACACUGAAUUUCACAAUUCUCAUGCAUUUCAAGGCAUUGCUUUGUUAUAUUUUGUAUAUAAAUUGUACAUACUAUGUGUGUAGAAUCGUAGAUUACAUAAGUCAAUACAAAAUACAGAUGUUAAUAGUUUGUAUAUUAUUUUUAAUUAAAUAUAAUUUGUUUUAGUGCAAUUACAUAUUUAUCUAUUUCGCUUUAUUUAAAUUCGCUUGAAUUGGUUUAUAUAAGUUAUUCUACAUUUGUCUAUGGAUAGAGGAUUAGGUUCUUAUCCCUAAAAAUGGUUUACGCAUGAAAGCCUAAAACUCAGUUUUAUGUAUUUGUAAUGUUAAUUUAGUUUUAUGUUGCAAAAAAAAAAUUAUAAAAACGCCUUAAGGCCUAUUGGAGUGCAAAUGUUAAUUUAAGUGAUACUUUGGAGUAUGCAAAAAAAAUGGUUGGUUAACGUAAGUUAAUUGUCACUUAAUAAAAAUAUGUAAAUAGUUGCAAUUUGGAUAAUUUGAAUAUCAUGCUGCAAGUACAGUUGUCGUUAGUUUCUUUUGAAAACAAAUGAUAAGUAGAGUUGAAUAGUUAGAAUCGUUCACAUAUAUUUUAUAUAUAAUUUUGCGCAUUUUUAUAUGAGUAAAAUAGUAAAGUAGAUUUUUAAACUUGGAGACGAAAUAAUUCCAAUUUAUUUUUAUAUUGCUGACCAAUGUUUGGUUUCAAAGGGAACUAACUAAUCUUAGCCAAUUUUUUGCUGUACAUAUAGGUAAGUAGUGUUUUAUUUUCAUAAUCAAUAGUUCUGUGGAUUACGAGCUGCUUUCCAAAUAUUUUCAUUUUAAUUGACACCCAACCAACCCUAAAGGUAGAAUAUUAAUAUCGUGCCUAAAUUAGUACUUAACAGCACAUUGAAAUAUUUGUCUUCUGAAACGCUUAAAAUUUCAAUAGUGCAAUAAAUUAUCCAUCGAAUGGUUAAAUUUGCGUUUAAUGGUUAUAGUGUUGAACAUUGUGCGGGAACAUUACAAUACGUUGUGCUCGGGACGUGUACAACUGUAAGACUGUCAAUUGGUGUAGAUAUUAUAUAUUAUAUAGUAUUUUUAUUAGACAAAAUACAAUAAAUGUGUGAAGUCAA